CAACUAGGCUUGAAUGUAACAUAGUUUAAAGAUUGGUAGUUCGAUUUUUUUGUUGUUGUAAGAGUCAGGUAGCGAAUCAAUGUUUUCAACUUGAAGAGGUCAGUCCGGAUGCCAAGACAAAGUCAAUUCUUCUAGCCAACGUUCGCUGGCCAGCAAUUUUGUGUUGGCAUCAUGUCAGACAAAAGCGAGCUGAAAGCGGAGCUUGAACGGAAGAAGCAACGCCUUGCUCAGAUCAGGGAGGAGAAAAAAAGGAAGGAAGAUGAGCGCAAAAAGAAAGAGGCUGACCUGAAGAAAGAUGCCGCCCCACUGGAUGACUCGGAUUUGGAGAAAAAGAGACGUGAGACAGAUGCCCUUCUGCAGAGCAUGGGCAUCACAUCAGCUGAUGUCCCUGUUGUCCCUCCUCCCAUGUCGCCGACCUCCAAAUCUGUGGGCACACCAAGCGAGGCAGGGAGCCAAGACUCGGGCGACGGGGCCGUGGGAUCCAGGACUCUACACUGGGACUCUGACCCGUCUACUCUUCAGCUUCACUCUGACUCCGAGCUGGGGCGUGGACCUCUGAAGCUGGGCAUGGCCAAGAUCACCCAUGUUGACUUCCCUCCAAAAGAGACGGUGUCGUACACCAAGGAGACCCAGACGCCUGUGACGACCCAGCAGAAAGAAGAGGAAGACGAGGAGGAGGAGGAGGAGGAGGAGAUCGCUCCACCACAACCAGUGCUUGAGAUCCAAAUGGAGAAACCAGACCAGAAAGAGGAGGAGGAAGCACCUCCACAAGAGCUGACUGAGGAGGAGAAGCUGCAGAUCCUCCACUCCUCAGAGUUCAUAACCUUCUUUGACCACAGCACCCGCAUCGUGGAGAGGGCCCUGUCCCAACACGUGGACGUCUUCUUCGACUACAGUGGCCGGGAGAUGGAGGAGAAGGAAGGUGAGAUCCAAGCUGGGGCCAAGCUGUUUCUGAACAGACAGUUUGUGGACGAGCGCUGGUCUAAGCAUCGCGUGGUCACCUGUCUGGACUGGUCCCCUCAGUAUCCUGAGCUGCUGGUUGCAUCAUACAACAACAACGAGGAAGCCCCCCACGAGCCGGACGGGGUGGCCCUGGUCUGGAACAUGAAGUACAAGAAGAACACGCCGGAAUACGUCUUCCACUGCCAGUCUGCAGUGAUGUCGGCCGCCUUUGCCAGGUUCCACCCUAACCUGGUGGUGGGGGGCACCUACUCGGGGCAGAUCGUUCUGUGGGACAACAGGAGCAACAAGAGGACCCCCGUGCAGAGGACCCCUCUGUCAGCAGCAGCUCACACGCACCCAGUGUACUGUGUGAACGUGGUGGGCACCCAGAAUGCCCACAACCUCAUUAGCAUCUCUACCGAUGGCAAGAUGUGUUCUUGGAGCCUGGACAUGCUGUCUCAACCGCAGGACAGCCUGGAGCUGGUGUUCAAGCAGUCGAAGGCCGUCGCUGUCACCUCCAUGUCUUUCCCCCUCGGAGAUGUCAACAACUUUGCGGUGGGGAGCGAGGACGGGUCCGUCUACAUGGCGUGUCGCCAUGGAAGUAAAGCAGGGAUCAGUGAGAUGUUUGAGGGCCACCACGGGCCUAUCACAGGGAUAGACUGUCACACAGCGACCGGGCCCGUCGACUUCUCCCACCUGUUUGUCACCUCCUCCUUUGACUGGACCGUCAAGCUGUGGAGCACCAAGAACAACAAGCCACUGUACUCGUUCGAGGACAACUCUGAUUACGUCUAUGACGUCAUGUGGUCCCCCACUCACCCGGCUCUGUUUGCGUGUGUGGAUGGAGUGGGCCAUCUUGAUCUAUGGAACCUCAACAACGACACGGAGGUUCCUACAGCCAGUACCACAGUGGAGGGGAACCCAGCCCUGAACCGCGUGCGCUGGGCCCACUCUGGAAAAGAGAUAGCCGUGGGAGACUCUGAUGGACAGAUCCUGGUCUAUGAUGUUGGAGAGCAAAUCGCUGUUCCACGCAACGACGAGUGGACCCGUUUUGUCCGAACCCUGGCGGAGAUCAACGAGAACCGGGAUGACGCCGAGGAGCUUGCCGCUCAGCGCCUCUCUGCUUGAUCGACCAUGAAAACGACAGUCUAGGGACCCGCGGCAGGCUUCAUAAUGUCAGCCUCGUUUUGAUUGGAGAAAAAGGCGCAAAUAUCAACAGUGUUUAGGCAUGUGGACAUCCUUUCUUUGGAGAUGUACUCUGAUUUAAUACACAUACUUAACUUCUCCUUUGGCUGGUUAAGCACACCAGUCUGAUGGGAUAACUAACAGGGCUAUCUAUCAACCUCAGACACGACGAGAAACAAAGCCAUCGUCUUACUCUGCAAUACAAAUCAGUUGAACUCUAGAUCCAUCAUGCCUUAAAGGCACCGUGUCAACUCCAUAUGGUAGUGUUGUGGGUUUAGCUGCAGGUUCAGUUUCACUGGCCCACUCUAGUUGUUUGUGGUUACACAACCCUGAACAUGUUUGCUGUCAUCAUGACUGAUAUUUGUUGUUCACUCUGUGCUUCAAUGCCCAUGUCCACUUCAACUGUAGUAGACUAGAUCUAUCACAUCAUUACUGCUCACAGGAAUGUAGUGGUGUCAUUAUACUGUUAGACAGUGUUUUGCUAUGUUCCUUUAACCUAGAUGCGCCAAAUGUCCACUUGUUUUGUAAUACAUCCCAAAAUGUUACCACCUUUCUUCUGAAUGUCUUUGUACAUGACUAUUGCUCUUCAACAAAAUGUGACACUUAAGUUAUCAGAAUCUGUAGAAUACCUCAGGAUAUAAUGCUGUAUUGGAAAUGUGCUUGAUAUCUGCGGUAUGGAUUCAGUAUCCAUACUGCCUGUAUGUAGUGUCGAAGAAGGGCUUCCCUUUGUGUGACCCAGAGAGCAUCUUCCACAUAUCGUGUCAUGAAUCUCAGAAUGUACUUUUCACACAAUUAAAAUGUAUCCGUUGAUGAUUUAUUUCAACAAAAUAAAUUACAUUACAAUUAUUUCCCAA